AUGGUAUCAACACCAGAGCUGAAAAAGUAUAUGGAAAAAAAAGUGUAUUUGCAACUUAAUGGAUCGCGGAAACUGGUGGGCGUUCUGCGAGGUUACGAUAUCUUUUUGAAUGUUGUCUUAGAUGACGCGGUGGAAAUUCGAAAAGAUGGGUCUAAAAUGGUGAUGGGGUCGCAGACGGUAGUGCGCGGCAAUUCGAUAGUAUCGUUAGAAGCUCUGGAGGGGCUAUCCUGA